AUGCUUGAGUUUGGAAGCCCGACGCAUAGAUUGCCUGGUGGAGAGAUACCGCGCAAGAAGAGUCUCAUCCGUCCAGAGCGUAGACGUGUCGAUCCGGAAGCACCAGACUACUAUUACCGCCAGAAAGCUCAGAACAUGAACGUCAUGCCAUCUGCGACUGGCAGAGAUCCACAGUUAGAGGCAGACGAGGCGACGUUGAACUCGGAAUCUACGGGACUAAAGAAAGAUGUCUCUCCGCCGCAGAGGGAGAAGCGCACGAGAGGUGAUACUGAAGCGACGAGAACUACAAAUAAAAGACGGCCAAACAAGCUCACGAGGAACCCUACGAUGGAAGAUCGGGAGCAUGAGGCAAAGGAGAGACAGCGGCAGAAGAUCAAGGAAGCAUCCGGCACGCCUAGUCUCUGGGGUGCCUACUGCUACCUUGUGACCUUCUGGUGCCCCAAUAUAUUCCUGAGCUGGGCUGGCAAGAAGCAGAAGCAGCAACAACGAGCAUGGCGUGAGAAGAUGGGCUUGAUCAGCAUCAUCCUCCUCAUCAUGCUGUUCGUCGGCUUCUUAACAUUCGGCUUUACAGAAACGGUAUGUCCAGCUGGUGGACCAACGCGGUUACACGUCAACCAAGUCGGGGACGGUUACAUGAUCUUCCAUGGACAAGCGUACGACCUUACACAAUCGAAGCAUCCGCUGGCGAGAGGCAUCUCUGAGAACGGUAACGUCCUCUGGGAUAUGGAUGAGCCGCAUGGUGGGCAGGAUGGCAGUUUCUUGUUCCAGAAUGUCAACGGCGCCUGCAAAGGAUUGAUCACGCUCGCCGAAGGCUCGGAUGUACCUACAGACGGCGACGGCAAUUUGGCCUGGUAUUUCCCAUGCAACACAUUCAACCAGGAUGGCUCGACCAAGCCAAACUUGACGAGCCCGUACUAUUUCGGCUACGCCUGUCACACGUCAACCCCGGCUCGAAAUGACUUCUACAGCAAGAGGUUCCAAUCCUACUCCGACGUCUACUUCACCUGGAACGACGUAAAGAAUGCCAGCCGAAGUCUUAUAGUCUAUUCUGGCGAUGUACUGGACCUGGACCUUUUGGAAUGGUUCAACAAGACUCAAGUGGCGUACCCGAGCGCCUUCGACGAUAUCCGCACUAACUCUGCCGUGAGAGGGAUGGAUGUUACAUUAGCGUUCGCCAAUGCCCAGAACAAGCAGAUUGCUCAGUGUUUCCAGGAGAUCAUCAAAGUCGGCUCCAUCGACACCCUGAGCGUUGGCUGCAUUGCCUCCAAGGUCGUGCUUUACGUGUCGCUCAUCUUCAUUCUAUCCAUCGUCGUCAUCAAGUUCCUGCUCGCUAUUGUGUUCCAGUGGUUCUUGUCUCGGAAGUUUGCCGCGGCCACGACUAGCAUGACCGGUAGCAAGAAGGCUCGGCAGGAAAUGAUCGAAGACUGGACGGACGACAUCUACCGACCGCCGCCAAAGAUGACCGAUCCGGCUUCGAACAGCGGAAGCGACAGGCCGAGCAAGCGAAGCAGCUUCCUUCCGCAGACCUCGCGGUUUACCAGCCCGUAUGCGAUUGAGCGGAGCAUGGCGAAGAACCGACCGCCGCCGACAACCAUGGCGAGUCAGCAGUCUACUGCGAGGUUGUUGCCAGGCUCCGGCUUGAUGCAUUCCGAUCGAUCUGACACUACGCUGCCGGCGUACAGCGACAGCAGUCCUGUGCGGUCCAGGUCUCAACAAGUAAGCUCUACGCAACGCUACAACAGUGUCAUCGAUACGGAUAUGAGCGGACCGCAAGGCUUCAUUCAUGAGUCUGUGAUACCACAACCGCCGGCCGAAUGGCAGCCAUUCGGCUAUCCCCUCGCUCACGCCAUCUGCUUGGUUACCGCUUAUUCCGAAGGUGCAGAAGGCAUCCGCACAACGCUCGACUCUAUCGCUAUGACGGAUUAUCCCAACAGCCACAAGACCAUCCUCGUGGUUUGCGACGGUCUCAUCAAGGGCAAAGGCGAGAGCAUGUCCACCCCGGAUAUUUGCCUGAGCAUGAUGCGAGACCACGCGGUCGUGCCCGAGGAUGUCCAGCCCUUCUCUUAUGUCGCGGUUGCGUCGGGUAGUAAGCGCCACAAUAUGGCCAAGGUGUAUUCGGGCUUCUACGACUAUGGCCGCGACAGUAUCAUCCCCCGCGCGAAGCAACAGCGCGUUCCCAUGCUGCUGGUCGUCAAGUGUGGCACGCCUGCCGAAGCCGGUACAGCCAAGCCAGGCAACCGCGGCAAGCGCGACUCUCAGAUCAUCCUCAUGUCCUUCCUGCAAAAGGUCAUGUUCGAUGAGCGUAUGACGGAGCUCGAGUAUGAGAUGUUCAACGGUAUCUGGAAGAUCACAGGCAUCAGUCCGGACUUCUACGAGAUCGUGCUCAUGGUUGAUGCUGAUACCAAAGUCUUCCCGGACUCGUUGACACACAUGAUCAGUGCCAUGGUCAAGGACCCGGAGAUCAUGGGUCUGUGCGGUGAAACGAAGAUUGCGAACAAGACUGCCUCCUGGGUGAGUAUGAUCCAGGUAUUCGAGUACUUCAUCUCGCAUCACCAAAGCAAGAGUUUCGAGUCUGUCUUCGGUGGUGUGACGUGCUUACCAGGAUGCUUCUGCAUGUAUCGCAUCAAGACGCCAAAGGGAGGACAGAACUACUGGGUGCCUAUCCUCGCCAAUCCGGAUAUCGUGGAGCACUACUCUGAGAACGUGGUUGAUACGUUGCACAAGAAGAACCUGUUGUUGCUGGGCGAGGAUCGAUAUCUGAGUACGCUGAUGCUUAAGACGUUCCCGAAGCGCAAGCAGGUGUUUGUGCCUCAAGCAGUAUGCAAGACGACGGUGCCGGAGAGCUUCAAGGUUUUGCUCUCGCAGCGCAGACGGUGGAUCAACUCGACAGUGCACAACCUGAUGGAGCUUGUGUUGGUGCGUGAUCUGUGCGGGACGUUCUGCUUCUCUAUGCAGUUCGUGGUAUUCAUUGAGUUGGUGGGAACGUUGGUGCUGCCGGCGGCCAUUGCGUUUACGAUCUACCUAAUCAUCAAAGCCAUCAUCGCCGGCGUAACGCACACAGUCCCACCAACCAUUCCACUCAUCCUCCUGGCCCUCAUCCUGGGUCUGCCUGGUGUCCUCAUCGUCAUCACCGCCCACCGCUUAUCCUACGUCCUCUGGAUGGCCAUCUACCUCCUGUCCCUGCCCAUCUGGAACUUCGUCCUCCCGACGUAUGCCUACUGGCACUUCGACGACUUCAGCUGGGGUGACACACGACAGACCGCCGGCGAGAAGAAGGGUGCCGGCAAAAGCGGCCACGAAGGGGAUGGGGAGUUCGACAGCAGCAAGAUUACCAUGAAGCGAUGGGGUGACUUUGAGCAAGACAGGAGGCUGAGGGGUUCGGCGACUGGGUAUGGGAGUGUUGGGACGCCGACUACGGUGCCGAGUCAGUAUGGGCACCAUGAGAGGAAGGCGAGUAAUUUGGGGUAUUCGGUUAUGGAGUACGAUGAUUAUCCAUGA